GUCGCGGCUCAGCUCGAAGGGGGCCUCUUUCUCCGGCGUCUGUCCCGGCUCCUGGCCGGGAACAGACCCAGCACGGCGGGGCUUCCCUUUAGGAGAGAGCUCUAUAGGCAACAGGAACGGAAAAACUCUUUCAACUGGCAAUCAAAAAUGCCUCCUUGUGACUUUUUACCUGAAAAAUAUGAGUCCUAUCCCUUGGAGCGUAUGCUGCAGAUCCACAAACAGAAUGUUUCCCCAUCCCUGUCCCCCAUAUACAAGAAGCCCCUGCUGAUUUGUCAGGGGCACAUGCAGUGGCUGUUUGACUCAGAAGGACGGAGGUACCUCGACCUCUUUGCGGGAAUUGCCACCGUCAGUGUGGGUCAUUGCCACCCGAAGUUAACAACAGCGGUGCAGAAACAGCUUGGGCGCUUGUGGCACACCAGCAGUAUCUAUAUGCACCCAGCAAUCCAAGAAUAUGCAGAGAAAUUGACCAUGCUGCUUCCAGAACCCUUAAAGGUGAUUUAUUUAACCAAUAGUGGUUCUGAAGCCAAUGACUUGGCAAUGUUGAUGGCAAGAGUUUUUACACGCAACUUUGACAUCAUUUCUUUGAGAGGCAGCUACCAUGGGAGUAGUCCUACCACAAUGGGCUUGACAAACAUUAUAAAUUACAAGCAUAACGUUCCCAGUGGGUUCGGCUGCCAAACGACCAUGUUGCCUGAUGUUUUUUCUGGCCCCUGGGGAGGAAGCUAUUGUCGAGAUUCUCCAGUGCAAACAAUUCGAAAAUGCACCUGUUCUCCAGGUUCUUGCCAUGCAAAGGGCCAGUAUGUAGAGCAACUCAGAGACACGUUAAGGACUUGUGUUCCAAAGGCAUUAGCUGGAUUUAUUGCUGAGCCUAUUCAAGGUGUCAAUGGAGCUGUGCAGUAUCCCAAGGGAUUCCUAAAGGAGGCUUAUCAGCUGGUCCGUGAAAGAGGAGGAGUGUGCAUUGCAGAUGAAGUCCAGACUGGAUUUGGCCGAACGGGCAGCCAUUUCUGGGGAUUUCAAGGACAUGAUGUGGUUCCUGACAUUGUUACCAUGGCAAAGGGAAUGGGUGGCGGCUUUCCAGUGGCAGCCGUUGUCACGAAGCCAGAGAUCAUGGAUGCCUUGGCGCAAACCAUCCAUUUCAACACAUUUGGAGGGAACCCAGUGGCCUGUGUGGCUAGUUCUGCUGUUCUGGAUAUAAUAGCAGAAGAUGGUUUGCAGGAAAACAGCAAGAAUGUGGGAACACAUUUGCUCUUGGAGCUUGCUAAGCUACGGGAUAAAUUUGAAAUCGUUGGAGAUGUCCGUGGAAAAGGGCUUAUGAUUGGCAUACAGAUGGUCAAGAAUAAGGAAACUCGCCAGCCUCUUCCAGCUGAAGAAGUGAAUGAGAUCAUGGAGGACUGCAAAGAUAUGGGAGUGCUAAUUGGGAAAGGAGGAAUACAUUUCCAGACCAUUAGAAUUAAACCUCCAAUGUGCAUCACUAAGGAAGAUGCGGAUUUUUUUCUGGAAGUUUUUCAUGCAGCCUUAACAAGACAUAAAGAAAGAAGAGCAGCUGCAAAUUAGCAUUUCGCAAGUGCUCUGCUGGAUGCCUACUAACUUCGUGCUAGAAGUUAUCUAUUCCUGUAAUUAAAACUCUGCAGCUGACAAAUGAGAAGUGUUUUGACAGGUUUACUGUGAGAAACACCACUGGGAAUGCAGCCACCAUAUGGGGCACUGCUCCCCUCUGUGCAGCUAGAAACUAAUUGGCACAUGCCCAUUUCGACUUCCUAUCUAGCACCAGGCAGCUAUAAAUGGAAACAGUCCUUGGGCACCGGUUUCCCUUGCUGGCUAAGAAUUGUCUAUCAGAACAUAGGAUGCCUGUGUGGUUUCUGAGCCCACAGCUUGUUGCCAUUUUUACAAAGCCAGUAAACAGCUUUGGUUGGGGAUAUGGAAGAGCCCUCCCUUUCCCACCAAACAGGAUUUAACUUUUGUAAACAAGGCAGGGAAGCGAUGACCAUACCGCCUUGCCUGCCUCACCUAUUCUGUGAGCAGGAAAGAGCCAGUGCCAUCUUUCAAGUAGCACACCCUCCAUUUCCGACGUUUAGGCACUCUGCCUGAACACGUCAUUGCACGUGUAGCCAGAAGUGUGUUGCCCAUGCACAACGGCAUGUGAUGAGCAUACCUGACCAAUGCUAUCUGAAGGACUGACUUCAUUAAGGUUGCUCUACCCUGACCCAGCAGCAAGGGCGCUGGGAUGACAGGGACAAUGACACAGUCUUCUCAGUGUUGGCUCCAUUCCCCUGGAAUUCUCUCACAAAGGAGAUAUGUACAACCACUUUAUUACCAUUGCCUUUCAAACAUGUGCCAAUUAAUUUGUUCCAGAUUGCAUUUCAUGCUUACAAGUCACCGCUGCUGUGUAUGAGUCUGUUUAAUUCUAAUGUAUAACUUGAUGUUUUUCCACUAUUGCAAGUUGCUUCAUGAGGGCGCCAUGUGCAUUAAAAGGCAGAUUAAAAAAUUGAAAUCAAACCAGGCCCUACUUGCAU